UACGACUGAUCAUUUGUAUGCGAGUGCAUUGUACAGUUAACAAUGGACAAGCUGUAUAGGAUAAUCAACUAUCUUUACGGAGCGAUCGUUGACUUUCCCGCGUGGGUCAGAGGCAGGGAGCAAGAACAUGUGGAGAACCACUACAUAACGGGACCAUUAAUUGGACGGGGAUCAUAUGGCUCCGUAUAUGCUGGGAUGCGCAUCAGUGAUGGACUUCCGGUUGCCCUCAAAUAUGUAGGGAAAUUGGAAGGCGAUGAACUGCUUCUUCCUGGACAGGACUCGCCAAUUCCCAGAGAAGUGGCGCUCAUGGGCCUAGUGAACCAGGACACGGGCCAUCGCAACGUCCUGCACCUCCAUGAGUGGUUCGACGCCUCAGACCACUAUGUCAUGGUAUUGGAGCGUCCUUACCCCUGCACGGACCUCUUGGAGUUCUGCGACGCCCAAAAUAAUUGGGUGGAUGAAGAGCAGGCACGCGGGGUGAUGGACCAACUUCUGCAGGCCCUGCUGCACUGCCAGAAUUCUGGAGUUUUCCAUCGGGACGUCAAAGCAGAAAACAUCCUGAUAAACACAGAAUCGCUGCGCAUCAUCCUGAUAGAUUUUGGGUGUGGGGAUCUAUGGCAGGAUACACCAUUCAGCGAAUUUUCAGGCACCAGGGAAUAUGCCCCUCCUGAGUGCUUUGUGGAAGGACUGUACCAGGCCGGCCCUUCCACUGUGUGGUCCGUAGGGGUCACUUUGUAUGACAUCAUCUGCGGCCGCUUGCCAUUUAAAAAGUUUGACGAGCAGAGCAUGAGCAGAGUGCGUUUCCCUGAAGGGCUGUCCUCAGAGAUCAAGGACUUCAUCAGAUGGUGCUUGGCGCCCGAGGUGGAGGAUCGAGCCACAUUGGAACAGCUUCAGCUUCAUCCGUGGCUCCGCCCCUUCUGCUCAGAACAAGCAGAGGACGAUUUAGAACAUGUGGAGGACCUCUACAUGAUUGGAUCGCUACUUGGAGAGGGUGGAUGUGGCUCAGUUUACGCUGGAAUCCGCAUCUCUGAUGGACUACCGGUUGCUCUGAAGUAUGUAGAGAAAUGUGAAGAUGACGAACUACUAAUACUACCUGGACUGGACUCGCCAGCUCCCUUGGAGGUGGGGCUCAUGGGCAUGGUGAACAAGCGCACGGGCCAUCCCAACGUCCUGCGCCUCCAUGAGUGGUUCAACACCUCAGACCACUAUGUCCUGGUAUUGGAGCGCCCCGACCCCUGCACGGACCUCUUCCGCUUGACCCAAAAUCAUGGCAUGGACGAAGAGCAGGCGCGGGUGGUGAUGGACCAGCUUCUGCGGGCCCUGCUGCACUGCCAGAGUUCUGGUGUUUUCCAUCGGGACGUCAAACCAGAAAACAUCCUGAUCGUCAAACCAGAAAACAUCCACACAGAAUCGCUGCGCAUCAUCCUGAUAGAUUUUGGAUGUGGGGCUGUAUGGCAGGAUACACCAUUCAGCGAAUUCGCAGGCACCGAGGAGUAUGCAGCUCCAGAGUGUCUUGUGGAAGGACUGUACCAGGCCGGCCCUUCCACUGUGUGGACUGUUGGGGCCACAUUGUGUUAUAUCAUCUGCGGCCGCCUGCCAUUUGACCAGAGGGACGAGCGUAGCAUGAGCAGAGUGGAUUUUCCUGAUGGGCUGUCCUCAGAGGUCAAGGACUUCAUAGGCUUGUGCUUGGCACCCAAGGUGGAGGAUCGAGCCACACUGGAACAGCUUCAGCUUCACCCGUGGCUCCGCCCCAUCUGCUCUGGAGAAGUGGAAUCCAUGGAAGAGAAUGGAAAUGAGGAAGAUGGAGAGCAGAACAUGGGGCCCAUGGAAAAACCGGGCCCCUCCAGCUCCCUCACUCCAGCAAAUUGCUCCCAGAAUGCGUCAGAGGAGAGCGGUAAAAGAGAGAGAGACGUGAGGGGGAGGAGGUGUGCGGCAAACCCGAAAACACCAGCAGACUGCCUUAGGAACGCCCCAGAAAAGAUUGCCGUGAAGAGAAAGAUGGGGUGUGAAGAAAAUCAGGACCCCUACAGCUCUUCCAGGCCUACAAAGUGCCCCCGGAAAGAGCAAGACGGAUGGUGGCUGAAACAGCAGGACUCUGAAGCAGAGAGCCAGCAUGAACAUGGCCACCAAGCCGCUGUACUUAGCCCUGGGAGGGGUGCGCAAAGAGGGGCGCAACACCCGCCCCCGCCGCAUCCGGAGCAGGGAGAGGAUGGGCGGCGCCUGAGCCGGGCAGAGAGCAGCUGCUUCCGCUGCUCCCUGCCCGCGCCUGACAGCUCUGACUCCAGAGUCCCAGGACCCGGCUGCCUACCAUUGGACCAACCUGCUGGCCUAACUGUGACCCAUUUCAUGCUGGGCUUCUCAAUGCAUUGGAACAUGUCAUUCCCAGAAUAUGACCAAAUGGAUGGGCUACCUGGCCUCGCCGUCGACCACCAGGGCCAGGAGCCCAGCCUCCUCCGGGGGUUGAUAAAAUUGGGUUCGGGCAGACUGUGA